AAUUUUUCUUUGAGCUUCACAUUUUUUACCUCUCACUUGGCCUGGUAGUCAUCCUAGCAACGAUGAUGCCUUUAAGACCAUCAAAAAGCGCCCUGCGCACUCUGCAUUAUCAGAGGUACAUUGCCUCUGGACGAAGAGCCUUUGCUUCUGCGGUCUCGACGCCCCACCGCUUUUCGACUCAGAAGCGCGACCAGAGCACAGCAACGGCUACUGCUUCAACCUCCCGCCCUAGACCCAGCCCUGCCUUCAACCAAGAGCCAAGCCGCAAUGAAGUAUCACCUCUCCAGAAUCGACAGCUUCCCGAGCUCGACGACUCAUUCGUCGGACUCAGCGGUGGUGAGAUAUUCCACGAGAUGAUGCUGCGCCUGGGUGUGAAGCACGUUUUUGGCUACCCUGGAGGUGCCAUUCUUCCCGUCUUCGACGCAAUUUACAACUCUAAGCACUUCGACUUCAUCCUGCCUCGACAUGAACAGGGUGCGGGCCACAUGGCAGAAGGUUAUGCUCGUGCUUCUGGGAAGCCUGGUGUUGUCCUUGUCACUUCUGGUCCCGGUGCUACCAAUGUCAUUACUCCCAUGCAGGACGCCUUCUCUGAUGGUACCCCCAUGGUUGUCUUCUGUGGUCAGGUUGUCACUACCUCCAUCGGCACAGACUCCUUCCAGGAAGCCGACGUGGUUGGUAUCUCUAGGGCAUGCACCAAGUGGAACGUUAUGGUCAAGUCCGUCGCCGAACUUCCCCGCCGUAUCCAAGAAGCUUUCGAAAUUGCUACUAGCGGUCGUCCUGGUCCUGUCCUCGUCGAUCUUCCCAAGGAUAUCACCGCAGGUAUCCUCCGUAAACCCAUUCCUAUGCAGAGCACUCUUCCUUCUCGCCCGAGCGCCGCGACUCUGGCGGCCAAGGAAUUGAGUGAGAAGCAGCUUCACAGCACCAUCAAUCGCGUGGCCCGUCUCGUCAACGUCGCCAAGAAACCUGUACUCUACGUUGGUCAGGGUAUCCUCGAAAACCCCGACGGCCCCAAACUCCUGAAGGAGCUGGCCGACAAGGCUUGCAUUCCUGUUACUACAACUUUGCAAGGUCUUGGCGGCUUUGACGAGCUCGACCCCAAAUCCCUGCACAUGCUUGGUAUGCAUGGCUCUGCCUAUGCAAACUUGGCUAUGCAGGAAGCCGAUUUGAUCAUCGCCCUUGGUGCUCGCUUUGAUGAUCGUGUGACUGGUAGCAUCGCUAAAUUUGCUCCCCAGGCUAAGCUCGCUGCUUCGGAAAAUCGUGGUGGUAUUGUUCACUUCGAGAUCAUGCCGAAGAACAUCAACAAGGUUGUGCAAGCAAACGAGGCUGUUGAGGGUGACUGUGCUGAGAACAUUCGACACCUCCUUCCUCUUGUUGAACCUGUCUCCGAAAGACCAGAGUGGUUUGCCCAAAUCAAUGACUGGAAGACCCGGUUCCCGCUCUCUCUCUACGAGAAACAGACUCCUGACGGCCCCAUCAAGCCGCAGGCUUUGAUUGAGAAGCUCAGUGAUCUUACUGCUCACAUGAAAGACCGCACUAUCAUUACCACUGGUGUUGGACAGCACCAAAUGUGGGCCGCCCAGCACUUCCGUUGGCGCCGUCCCCGCUCCAUGAUCACUUCUGGGGGUCUUGGUACUAUGGGCUACGGCCUGCCGGCUGCUAUUGGUGCCAAAGUUGCCCGCCCUGACUGCCUUGUUAUCGAUAUCGAUGGCGAUGCCUCCUUUAACAUGACUCUCACUGAGCUUACCACUGCUGCCCAGUUUAACAUUGGCAUCAAGGUCCUUCUCUUGAAUAACGAGGAGCAGGGCAUGGUGACCCAAUGGCAAAACCUGUUCUACGAGGACCGCUACUCCCACACUCACCAGAAGAACCCUGAUUUCGUGCGUCUUGCUGAGGCUAUGGGUGUUGCUGCCGAGCGCUGCACCAAGCCCUCAGAAGUGGAGUCCAAGCUGAAGUGGCUGAUCGAGAGUGAUGGACCUGCCUUGCUCGAGGUAUUCACCGACCGUAAGGUGCCCGUGUUACCAAUGGUUCCUGGUGGUAGCGGCCUGCACGAGUUCCUCGUUUUCGACGAAGCCAAGGACCGUGAGAGGAGGGCUUUAAUGAAGAAAAGGAACCCUAACGGCGUUUAA